UCUUUAGCUAGAUUGUGGGUUUCUCAUACUGUAGUAUAUAGAAAUAGGGAGUGAAGGCAAAUGGUUUUGGGUCUUAGAAACUACAUCGAUAUGCACCUUCUCUCCCGCUCAGUCUCCAACACUUCACUCAGAGCCCACUCUUUCUGGCUGUCUUUCGCCUUAAUCCCCUCCAUAUCUGCGUCUUCUUCUUCAUCUUUCUCUUCCAAAUGCAGAGCAGAGCCCAUCUCAGUCCCUUCUCAACCCCCUCCAGUUCCCAAAAGGGUUCCUUUCACACUCUCCCUUCACGGCCAUUCCUGGCAAGAUCCUUACCAUUGGAUGCGCAACACCAACGACCCUGAUUUCUUAAACUACCUCAACCAAGAAAACUCUUAUGCUCAAGCUUUCAUGGCUGACACUGGAUCCCUGCAACGAACUCUUGUUGCUGAGAUGAAAAACCGGAUGCCCUCUAAGGUCUCCACCCCUGUUGAAUGUUUUGGACCCUGGCUGUAUUACGAGUACAUACCAGAAGGGAAGGAAUACCCAGUUCUCUGCAGGAGGUUACAAACUAACAAAACUGGUUGGGCGGAAAAGAUUCUCAGUUAUGUGAAAGCUGAGUUUAGAAGGGAGGAAAUUUUGCUUGACUGGAAUGAAGUUGCUGAAAAACAUGGUUAUGUUCAUGUGGGUCAGUGUCGAAUUUCACCAGAUCACAAUUUUCUAGCAUACACGCUUGAUGCUACUGGCAGUGAACAGUUCAUGCUUCAAAUUAAGGACCUCAGAAAUGGAUGUAUUAUUCCAAUGGAACCAGUAAAUGGAGUUGUUAGCUUGGCAUGGGCUCAAGAUUGCAAGACUCUGCUCUAUACAAUUGCUGAUGAGAAUCAAAGACCUUACAGGGUUCUUUGCACAAAAUUAGAACCGGGUAAUACAGAUGAUACCUUAGUAUUUAUGGAAAAUGAUCCUAGCUAUUGUGUGGACCUAACAAGUACAAAAGAUGGCAAGUUCAUAACUGUGAAUUCAAAUUCAAGGAGCUCAUCUGAGGUUUAUGUUGUAGAUGCAACUGAACCUUUGAAUGGCUUGCAAAGAGUACAUGAGCGUGUUUCUGGCGUACAAUAUUUUUUGGAACAUCAUUUUGGUUUCUUUUAUAUUCUUACAAAUGCUCCUAUGAAAGAAAAUAUAAAGUGUUCCCAUGAAGGUUUAUAUUUAGCUAGAUGUCGAGUUGGAGACAUCCAGUCAACCACCUGGCAGAAUAUUUUCUACCCAGGUGAAGAUACCUGUAUACAGGAUAUGGAUAUUUUCAAUGGACAUUUGGUGCUUUUUCUCAAUAAGGAUGGCUUUCCUAUGAUAUGUUCUAUUGAUUUGCCUAUUAAUGUUGAUUGCAAGCAUCAAAUGCUGAUCGAGGAUCUUAAUCCAUGGUUUUUCCCUAUACCCUCAAAUUCAUGUAGUAUUGAACCAGGUUCAAACCUUGACUUCAUGAGCUCAGUAUACAGAGUUGUGCUGUCAUCUCCAGUGAUACCUGAUGUGAUUGUUGAUUAUGACAUGGCAAGACGAACUUUCUCAAUUGUCCAACAAGAGGAAGUGCUUGGUGCUCCUAGUAAUGCUCGAUCAUGCUCUUCAGGAUAUGAACUAGAUACCCUGCAACAACAUGGCAUUGAAAAGGAUGCAAAGGACAAAAAUGUUGAAUUAGAAAGAUGGAAAGACUUUUCCAGUACUUAUUGUUGCGAAAGAAAGGAAGUUAUUUCGCAUGAUGGCAUCCGGGUUCCUCUGACCAUUUUGUACUCUCCAAAAGCAUGGAAGAGCAGUCAGUCUCCUGGAAUUUUACAUGGUUAUGGAGCGUACGGUGAAGUCCUUGAUAAAAGUUGGCGUGUGGACCGCCUCAGUUUACUUGAUCGUGGAUGGGUGAUUGCAUUUGCUGAUGUAAGGGGUGGUGGCGGUGAUGAUCCUUCAUGGCAUAAAACCGGCAAUGGACUGUUGAAACAAAAUUCUAUACAUGAUUUCGUGUCGUGUGGCAAGUACCUAAUUGAUGAGGGCUAUGUUCAGAGAGAUCAACUGAGUGCCAUUGGAGUCAGUGCCGGGUGUCUUCUUAUAGGGGCGGCUCUCAAUAUGUACCCAAACUUGUUUCAUGCUGCAAUCUUGAAGGUACCUUUUCUUGAUAUAUUGAACUCAUUACUGGAUCCUAGUUUGCCUCUCACAAUGUUGGACUAUGAAGAAUUUGGGAAUCCUGGGAUAAAGUCUGAAUUUGAGUGCAUAUCAAGUUAUUGUCCAUAUAAAAACAUUCGUCCCAGAGGUUGCCACCCUUCGGUUCUUGUUACAGCAUCAUUUAACGACUCGAGGGUUGGAGUUUGGGAAGCUGCCAAAUGGGUGGCCAAAGUACGAGAUUCUGCUUGCUCUUCAUGUUCUCGUUCUGUCAUUCUUACUACAAAUAUGAGCGGAGGACAUUUCGGUGAAGGUGGCCGCUAUAUUCAGUGCGAGGAAUUGGCUUACGACUACGCUUUUCUGGUUAAAGCAAUGGGAGUUGACAUGAAUUAGCAAUAAACUUGUCUCUCAUAAAAUGUAACUAAUUAACAGGGAAAUUAAAAUAGUAAACAAAGGGAUUUGUUUCAUACAAUCCUUUGUGUGAGUGAUUGAAGCUUGUGUUUUUUUGAAUAACCAAUUGAUUGGCAGUUGAGGCA